GGUGAAUGAAUGAAUAAUCAGCAUCACUUAUGCUGUCUAAAUUUGAGCGUGGUUAGUAGGAACCUUCUUACAAAAACAAUUGUUGCUGCCCGGGGUCAAAUUACAGCAGGACAAAAAACGUGUUUCCAUGUUUCCUCCGGAGCAGAAACAUCGACGUUUGAGUGAGAAAUGGCUAGCAGUAGCCGUGUAGACAUGGAUCCUGAUGUUGCUCGGAGGCUGUUUGAAGAGGGGGCCACCCUGGUGCUGCUGGGAGUCCCUCAGGGCACAGAGUUUGGCAUUGACUGCAAGAGUUGGCAGGUUGGUCCCCGCUUUCGGGGUGUUAAGAUGAUCCCCCCGGGGCUGCACUUCGUCAACUACUGCUCUGUCAAUCCACCGAGCUGUGGAGGGGAAAUUGGCCCCAAGACAGGCCUGUUCCUCAGUCUCAAACCUAGAGACAUCCUGUUGGCUAACUGGGACCCCAAAGAAGAGGAUCUGGACUUUUCUUCCUCCCAGAAUGAGGAGGAAGUGAGCAGAAUCAGAGCGAAUCUGCAGGAUCUGGACCCAUACCUCGGACCUUAUCCUUAUGAGGUGAUGAGGAAGUGGGUGUCCCUCACGGACCAUCUGAGUGAGGAGUUGGCCAACAGCUUGCAGCCUCUCUCGGGUCGAGUACGCGCCUACAGCGACGUGGUCCCCGAGGUCGAGUUCAGACACACCGAGGACCGGGCCCAGCAGCCCAGGAACGACACGGCCUGCCAAACCAUGAGGGAGGGACUGGACAGGCUCCCCAAGAUGAAACACAGGGAGGGGACACAGUUGCGCUUCUCUGUCAUCCCGGAGAAGACUUACCCACCUGGCGCCACGCCCGCCCAGAUCACACAGUGCAGCCUGGACUUCACCUAUGCCCUGGAGUCUGUGCUCGACAAGAACCACCAGCAGAAGCCUCUGAACCUGCUAGGUGAGCUGCAGUUUGCCUUCGUGUGUUUCCUGAUGGGAAACGCGUAUGAGGGCUUUGAGCACUGGAAGCGCCUUCUGAGCCUGCUGUGUCGAGCGGAGGCGGCCAUGCAGAAGCACAAGGAGCUCUACCUGGGGCUCAUCGCCGUGCUCUACCACCAGCUGGGAGAAAUCCCUCCGGACUUCUUUGUGGACAUUGUGUCUCAAAACAACUUCCUCACCUCCACACUGCAGGACUUUUUCCAGUUCGCCAGCGGGCCUGGAGUGGACGCAGCUCUCCGCAAGAGAGCGGAGAAAUUCAAAGCCCACCUGACCAAGAAGUUUUCCUGGGAUUUCGACGCAGACUUGGAUGAUUGUGCCCCUGUGGUGGUGGAUCUUCCCGAGGGUUUUACUGUGGACUGACUUCACACUUGCCAAACUUGGUUGUUAUGUCGGACUGUGACAGCAGAUGGCGUUGAUGGGCUACACAUCUAUAUUGACUUGUCAGUACUGUGCAGACUGAUUGCCUUCUUCAGUGCAUUUCGAGUAAAAUAGAUAAACUCUUGUGUUGGCCUACUACUUACUACAUCAGCAGUGGGGUCCUGGAUAGAUUUGCUUCAUUUUGCCUUGACUCCAAAGACUUUAUACCUUAUGUGAAAAGGAGUAGAAUCCAGUUGUACUUUUCGGUAUUAUAAUAUGAUUGUUGAUGCAGCUCCAAUUGCUCUUACACUGCAUCCACCAGGUUUGUGGUGGUGUGUUUUUGAUUAUAAUCUUGGGCUUUGUGAUAAAAAUGAACCUCUUAAAGACUUUUA